GCAUGAACGUCUUUAAGCACUUACAACUUCCGGAAAGUGUCACGCUGUCCUCCAUCGGCUCAUAUCCCAUUCUACAGAGGGUCACUUCAGGAAAACUGAGCUGAAAUCAUGGUUUUUGAAGACAAAAUGAUCAUGAACGGAGAGCCAGAGGAGGAGGAAGAAGAGGAGGAGGAGGAGGAGGAAAUGGUGGACCCUCUGGAGACUCUAAGAGAGAAGUGUGAGCAGACGGAGCAUUGCGUUCACGCACGAGAGCGGCUGGAGGCGUGCGAGUCCCGGGUCGGUUCGCGCUCAGAGACAACAGAAGACUGCACAGAGGAGCUCUUUGAUUUCCUGCAUGCUCGCGACCACUGUGUGGCCCACAAGGUCUUCCAGUCAAUCAAAUAAAUGGAGCUGCUUAUAGAUGGAUGUCUGCUUAUAGAAAUACAGUGCUCGGUUAUUUAUACAAGAUGUGAUUUUUGUCCUAGAUUCAACAAUUCCCUGUAACCGAUUCUUCAAUUCGUCCAUUUUGCCGAGUUGUGACUGAAGUGUUAAUAACUGUACUCUGUUUUCAUCUCUCACGUGAAAUAACUGAUCAUUUGUCAUCUGUGAAGAGGUGAUGUUGACACAGAAUUUGGGUUUGUUGCUAAUGUCAAAUAACAUAAAACAAUAAAGAACAAAAGACAA